AUGGGUUGGCGCGCCGCCGUCCACCGCGCCGCGGCCGACUCGCCGCCUUCCUGGAACCGCAAAAAAAUGUCCGCGGGCCACUCCAAUAAAAUUAGAGAGCUAAUCUAUUCAGAUAUCCCCGAUAUGGGGAAGUGUUAUCGGCGGGCGCACGGCGACAUCUGCCGCCUUCGGGCGCGCCGCGAUAUAUGCAGCGGCGGCCCUGAGCGGGUGCGGACGGGCCGCUCUCGGCGCGGCAUUCCAGCGCGCCGCGACACUGCGACACCGCGACACCGCGACACCGCGUCACCGCGACACCGCGACACCGCGACACCGCGACACCGCGACACCGCGACACCGCGAAACCGCGCGGACGCAGCGCAUGCCGGACCUCAGCGGCGGCCGUAUAUUAGGGCGCGCGGACAUUGUAAUGCAGCCCUUUGUCCGCGACGCCUUAUUAAGGCCAGCGCAGCGACCAUCGCCCCAUUGUUCCGCGCUCACCGCUCACGUCUCACU